CACGUAUUGUUGCUGUUACACAAUAGUCACAUAGUCUUGGAUUAAAUCUUAAAUGUUACUAAAAACGCCACAGACGAAGGCACAAUAUUACGGUGUUUGUACAAAAGGGAAUCACAGAUCUGCACGCUUUUUAGCGAUUAUGUCACAUGUUGCUGCUACUUUCUUUGCUGGUGAUUUCAUGUAACCUUAUGUCCUGUUAUUAAAAUGUUUUUUUUCAUUUCUCUGCGCUCUUUUACUCACUGGAGGUGUAUUUCUGUUGUAACGCAUUUCAAAUAGCUUUGCAAACAGCCUUCUGUGACGAGGUUUGAUAAGUUUUAACGGGAAAUAUCAAAUCACAUAUUUUAUAUCUGUUCGGCUGUCUGCAUGAAUCCAGGGCGAGGGAGUGUUUGAGGUAAUUUUAUGAUCCCAAAAUGCAAAAAUGUAUUGGUACAAAGAGCAUGUAAACACAGUAUAUCUUAUACUCGGCGUUAGACACGAGUACCCGCUUCUCUCUCGGUCAGCUGUACCUGCCUGCCCUCUUGUGAACAGAGAGGAUACAGCAGCUGGAUCCAAGGAGGAAAUUCAGUUUUAAAUUCUCACACAGCAUCGAGCCUGGAGAGUCUUUUGUACAUUUUGUGCUUCGCUCAACCAGGAAAAGUAGACACACAGCCUGGAAGAAUCAAAUCAUGAAGAUGGAAACGCAUACAUACAUACAUACACACACACACACACACACACCAACCAACAGGAACACGCAUCCCUCAUUCGCAGGCCUAAGUGUCUAUCGGCUGAAAACUGAGAUAAGAUGUUGGAUGAAUGUGGGGGAGCUGUGAGCACCUCUGUGAGUCUGCUGCGUCCUCCCACUCAGUGUGCACUGUGAGAGGCAGACGCAGAGCAUUUAGUCUAUUUCAGUCCCUGGAUAUGUGAGGUCUUUUCUUCACUGUUCCCUUCACAAGACCAGAGUGACUCAUCCAUACUCGCACACAAUCUGACUCCUGCAGGCAGCAGCUCAGGCCUCUCAGUCGAAGCUACUGUGGUCGACCGCGUGCAAAAAUUGGUUAAAAUCGAGUUAAGCAUUGUCACUUUUGACUCUUAGUUCACGAUACUCACACUUUGUGUCCUUGUAAGUGGCCCGUAGGUCAGCUUUUUAUUGUUUUCGCAACUGAGGUGGACAAACAAAAAAUGGAGGAAAGAACAAAAACAGGAUUGACAAGUCUUUUAUCUUCUGGGGGGGGGAAAAAACAAUCUUAUUUCCUUCUUUGUGAGACAUAAAAAGCAGAGUGGGGAGAGUUGAGACAAGCAGAUGAAGCUUAAAGAUGAAGAUCUCAGUGGCUGUGUUGACUUUGUCCCUCUUUUACCUUAGCGUGGCUGCAGAUGUGCUGGAUUACAAAUGCAGGAGCGUCUUAGAAGAACUUAAGGCCGAACUGCAAAAAAACAAGGAACAACUGGAUGGUCUGAAGAAAGAAGUCCGAGGUAACCGGGUGGCAUUCGGAGCAGCUCUUGGCAAUGUUGGAAAUGUUGGACAUUUUAACACUGAGAUCACACUGGUCUACAAGAAGGUCUUCUCAAACACAGGAUCAUACAACCCUGCAACAGGUAUUUUCACCGCUCCAGUCAAAGGAUUCUACUACUUCAGCUUCUCCGGCCAUAAUCACUCAAUUAAGCCAAUGGGACUGCGGCUGAUGAAGAACGGAGAGCAGAUGGUUACAGUGUACAACCAUCCAGCUGGAAACCGCUACGAGACAGCAACCAAUGGCAUGACUCUGCAGCUUGAAGCGGGAGACCAGGUGUGCAUGAGACUCAGGGCGCACACAUGGAUUGUUGAUAAUAUCAACAGCCACAGCACCUUCAUUGGCCAUUUGCUAUUCCCUCUGUGAGUGAAAUCAAGAAAAAAUAAGAGAGUCUUUGUGAAAACAAGUCAAGAAAUCAAACCAAAGUUUUCAUGUUAACAAUGAUUGUGGAAAAUGAAACAUGUACAUUCACUGAUCACUGAUGAUUAAAUGAUAUAAAAUGGAUAUUCCUCUUAUACCUGGAAAAUGUAUAUUCAAUCAUAUUAUGUUUGCCUUAUUAAAGUUACUUAUAUAAAGUGAUUAAAAUCAAUAAAGCUUCACUGAU